AUGGCGCCGGCGGCGGCGGAGGCUGGUCCCGGCGAUGACGGACUUAGGAAGCUGGAGUACCUUUCCCUGGUCUCUAAGGUUUGCUCUGAGCUCGAGACCCACAUCGGCGUCGGCGACAAGGUGCUGGCCGAGUUCAUCACCGAGCUCGGCCGCGACUCCACAACCGUCUCCGAGUUCGACGCUCGGCUCAAGGAGAAGGGCGCCGACUUCCCCGACUACUUCGUCCGUACGCUCCUCACCAUCAUCCACGCCAUCCUCCCGCCGACCUCCUCCAACCCUAGCUCUGCUGCCGUCACCGCGGGCCCCGCUGGCGCGGAGGCGGCCAAGUUCCCCGGGCUCGCCCGUCCCGACGACCCCGACCACGCUCGCAACCUCCGCCUCGAGCUCGAGCGGGAUGCCUAUGCGGCCGCUCCUGCUCCGGCGAGGGAUGACCGCGACCGCCGCUGGGAUGAGAGAGGCCGAGACCGGGACGACCGGGACUACAGUCGCGGCGGCCGUGACCACCACCGUGACCGUGGCGGCCGCGACUGGGAUCGAGGGCGCGACCGUGAGUAUGGCCGUGAUAGGGAUCGGGACCGUGGCAGAGAUCGUGAUGGGGACCGGCAUCAGGAUAGAGACAGAGGGAGGGACAGAGAUACUGGUAGGAACAGAGAUAGGGACUGGGGGAGGAGCAGGAGGUAUGCAGAUGAUGAGGAAGAGGAGAGGGGUGAUGGAGGAAGGGGAAGGGGAAGGGGAAGGGAUCUUGCUGCUUCAAAUCCCAGUGGGGAGCCAGAGCUGUACCAGGUGUACCGAGGGAGGGUUACCCGGGUGAUGGACACUGGAUGCUUUGUCAGGCUUGAGGAUGUCCGCGGUGGCCGCGAGGGACUUGUUCACGUAUCACAGAUGGCAAGUAGGCGGGUGGCCAAUGCAAAGGAGGUGGUGAAGCGUGACCAGGAGGUGUAUGUGAAGGUGGUUUCGGUGAAGGGGCAGAAGUUGAGUUUGUCGAUGCGGGAUGUGGAUCAGGAUACUGGGAAAGACCUCCUGCCGAUGCAGCGUGGCGGGGAUGAUGCACCAAGGGUGAACCCAUCAGGUGGCAAUGGCAGUGGCAUGGGGUCUGGCAAGAGGUUGGGUUUGUCAGGUAUUGUGAUCACAGAGGAGGAUGAGGCAGCCCCAAUGUCAAGACGACCACUCAAGCGAAUGAGCUCGCCAGAGAGGUGGGAAGCAAAACAGCUUAUUGCCUCGGGCGUGCUGGAUGUGAGGGAUUAUCCAAUGUUUGACGAGGAUGGGGAUGGUAUGAUGUACCAGGAGGAAGGUGCAGAGGAAGAGCUUGAAAUUGAGCUAAAUGAGGAUGAACCAGCAUUCUUGCAGGGGCAGAGCCGGUUUUCAAUUGACAUGUCACCUGUAAAGAUCUUUAAGAAUCCUGAGGGCUCACUGAGCCGAGCAGCAGCCCUACAGAGUGCUCUCAUAAAGGAGCGUCGUGAGGUUCGAGAACAGGAGCAGAGAGCCAUGUUAGAUUCAAUCCCGAAGGAUCUGAAUCGACCAUGGGAAGACCCAAUGCCUGAUACAGGUGAGCGGCACCUUGCACAGGAGCUGCGAGGUGUUGGCCUUUCAGCUUAUGACAUGCCUGAAUGGAAGAAGGAGGCCUAUGGAAAAGCUUUAACUUUUGGGCAAAGGUCAAAGCUUUCAAUACAAGAGCAGAGGCAGUCUCUUCCUAUUUACAAGUUGAAGAAAGAGCUUAUACAAGCUGUACAUGAUAAUCAAGUUUUGGUUGUUAUUGGAGAGACUGGUUCCGGGAAGACGACACAGGUGACACAAUAUUUGGCUGAGGCAGGUUAUACCACACGGGGUAAAAUUGGGUGUACUCAGCCUCGUAGGGUUGCUGCAAUGUCUGUUGCAAAGAGAGUGGCAGAAGAGUUUGGUUGUCGACUGGGAGAGGAAGUUGGUUAUGCUAUCCGUUUUGAGGACUGCACUGGUCCGGACACAGUGAUUAAAUACAUGACUGAUGGUAUGCUUCUGCGUGAAAUUCUUGUUGAUGAGAACCUUUCCCAGUAUUCUGUUAUCAUGCUUGAUGAAGCCCAUGAAAGGACCAUCCACACUGAUGUGCUCUUUGGUUUGCUGAAACAACUUAUUAAACGCAGAUCUGAUAUGAGGCUUAUUGUUACUUCUGCCACCCUUGAUGCUGAGAAGUUCUCAGGAUAUUUCUUUAACUGUAACAUCUUCACAAUUCCUGGAAGAACAUUCCCAGUAGAGAUACUGUACACUAAACAACCUGAAAGUGAUUACUUGGAUGCAGCAUUGAUUACUGUGCUGCAGAUUCACUUGACAGAGCCAGAAGGAGACAUCCUUGUUUUCCUGACAGGGCAGGAGGAAAUCGAUCAUGCCUGCCAAUGUCUUUAUGAGAGGAUGAAGGGGCUAGGGAAGGAUGUUCCUGAGCUGAUAAUCUUGCCUGUGUAUAGUGCCCUUCCUAGUGAGAUGCAAUCAAAGAUCUUUGACCCAGCUCCACCUGGUAAGAGGAAAGUUGUGGUGGCGACCAAUAUUGCUGAAGCUUCUUUGACAAUUGACGGUAUAUACUAUGUUGUGGAUCCUGGUUUUGCCAAAAUCAAUGUAUACAAUUCAAAACAAGGGCUUGACUCAUUGGUCAUCACUCCAAUAUCACAAGCGUCCGCGAAACAAAGAGCAGGGCGCAUGAGGCAAAUACAGAGGAUCAACUUGGGAUCUACAGUUCUUAAUAUGAAGGCGAUGGGAAUAAAUGACCUGUUAUCCUUUGAUUUUAUGGACCCCCCAGCACCUCAAGCAUUGAUUUCUGCCAUGGAACAGUUGUACAGCCUUGGCGCUCUUGAUGAAGAGGGCCUUCUAACCAAACUGGGGAGAAAAAUGGCAGAAUUUCCAUUGGAUCCACCACUUUCAAAGAUGCUACUAGCCAGUGUUGACCUUGGAUGCAGUGAUGAGAUACUGACUAUCAUAGCUAUGAUUCAAACAGGGAAUAUAUUCUACAGGCCACGAGAAAAACAGGCUCAAGCUGAUCAAAAGAAGGCUAAAUUUUUUCAGCCAGAGGGAGACCAUCUUACUCUACUUGCUGUAUAUGAGGCCUGGAAGGCAAAGAACUUUUCAGGGCCCUGGUGUUUUGAGAACUUUGUUCAAUCAAGAUCAUUGAGGAGAGCCCAGGAUGUGAGGAAACAACUUCUCACUAUCAUGGACAGAUAUAAACUUGAUGUUGUCUCCGCUGGGAAAAACUUCACAAAGAUAAGGAAAGCCAUCACUGCAGGAUUCUUUUUCCACGCCGCCAGGAAGGAUCCCCAGGAAGGAUACAGAACCUUGGUCGAAAACCAGCCAGUGUACAUCCACCCUAGCAGCGCAUUGUUCCAGCGCCAGCCAGACUGGGUCAUCUAUCAUGAGCUUGUGAUGACGACAAAGGAGUACAUGAGGGAGGUGACCGUGAUCGAUCCAAAAUGGCUUGUUGAGCUGGCGCCAAGGUUUUACAAGGGUGCUGACCCCACCAAGAUGAGCAAGAGGAAAAGGCAGGAGAGGAUCGAGCCUCUGUAUGAUAGAUACCACGAGCCCAACUCUUGGCGUCUUAGCAAACGCCGAGCUUGA